AUGUGCACGUCGCCGUCUUCGUGCGCCGACGAUGAUCCGUUGUUGGCCAGACAUGGCGACGACCUCAUCGUGACACCAUUCGCCCAAUUGCUCGCCAGCCUUCGAAAUGUUCGAGCAAAUCUCAUCUCCAUCGCCAAUAUCCAGUCGGCGGAUGAUGGCCGUCACGCCAACCGCACGGCGAAGCGCCCUCCGCUUCAUAACACUCCACUACCGGAAAACGUCGUCACUUGUGCUCAGGAAACUCUCGAGGAACUCGAUUGGUGUUUGGAUCAAUUGGAAACGAUUCAAACGCAUCGUUCUGUCUCGGAAAUGGCUUCCAGCAAGUUCCGGAAGAUGCUCAAUAAGGAGCUCAGCCAUUUCGCUGAGUCUUCAAAAUCUGGUACUCAGGUCUCUAAAUUCUUAAUUACUACUUAUAUGGAUAAAGAUGACGAUGAUCCUACGAUCGAAAUUGAAGUGCCCGGAGAGGGACCAUCAACAUCGUCCCCACAGCUUUCGAUGGGUCUUCUGAAAAAGGCGCAAACGGCAGCUAUGAAUCGAAUUUCUGGUGUUCGCAAGUUGAGAGCGCCUUCCCAUGAAGGCCAUCUACCCGAAUACGGAGUGCCUUGUGCCAAGGAGGUUGCCGUCUACAUGCAGCAGCUUAACGACUGGGGUCCAGAUGUGUUCAAGAUUGACGAACUCUCCAAGAAUCAUGCCUUGACUACCAUCACCUACGCCCUGUUCCGAGAACGAGGUCUUAUCAAGGCGUUUGAAAUCCCAUCAUCGGUGUUCGUCACGUACCUUCUGAACCUCGAACAUCACUAUCGAUCAAACCCUUACCACAAUCAUAUUCAUGCCGCCGACGUUGCUCAGUCAAUGCAUGUAUUGCUCACUUCUCCAGUGCUCACCGAAGUUUUCUCUGAUCUCGAGGUAAUGGCGGCUAUUUUCGCUGGUGCCAUCCAUGACGUCGACCAUCCGGGCUUCACUAAUCAGUACCUUAUCAAUUCUAGUGAGUGUUUUUCGGUUAAGCGGCUGAAUCUUUUGUUACCGUCUUAUCAGCAUUUCAUCUACUGA